AAUCUUAGUACAUUUAACUUAGUAGGGCUUAGUGAUUUCCCUUCACUCGGUAGUCCUCGUUUCUUUGAGCAUCAGACACCUAUACGUGAUCACCGCCUUUCAGUAAGAAAAGGAGUCCAGGGAGCGUGGUCUGGGGCGGUUCGCGGCGCCCGGGCUCGCCCGGGACUGAGUCAGCGCCGGGGCCGAGAAGUUCGGCGGGAGGCGCAGGGCGGGGCUUCCUCCCUCCGACUCCGAACCCGGCUCUACUUUUCGGAGUCCACGUCUCUUCCUUUGGACAGCCGGGGCGGCCCGGGCUAGCGCGAUCGAGCCCCUCGCGGACUGCAGCGCGCGGCUUCUCGGGGCCGAGCCCGCCGGACACCUCCCUUCUGGGCGCCCACCGUGCGGUGCCGAGCGCAGCAUCCGCGGCAUGGAGAACGGCUCGGACUCAGGUACCAGUCUCAGGCCUGCUAUGUUCACUCUUUUCUGCAGAAUAUUAUAUUUUUGUAUUAUCUUGCAGUGAAAAAGGUAUUUCUAAGCAUGACUAGAAACUCAGAAGCCAUAAAAGGAAGGAAUGAUCAGCUUGAACGGGUCUUUUUACGACUUGGCCAUGCUGAAACAGACGAACAGUUACAGAAUAUUAUAUCUAAAUUCCUUCCUCCCGUUUUGCUCAAGCUGUCUAGCACCCAAGAAGGAGUACGCAAAAAGGUAAUGGAACUGUUGGUCCAUCUGAAUAAGCGUAUAAAAAGCCGCCCCAAAAUACAACUUCCAGUGGAGACACUGUUGGUUCAGUACCAGGACCCCGCUGCAGUUUCCUUUGUCACAAAUUUUACUAUAAUUUAUGUUAAGAUGGGCUAUCCUCGCUUACCGGUGGAAAAACAAUGUGAACUGGCCCCUACGCUCCUUACUGCAAUGGAAGGGAAGCCUCAGCCCCAGCAGGAUAGCUUAAUGCAUCUUUUAAUACCAACCCUUUUUCACAUGAAAUACCCUGUUGAAUCAUCAAAAUCAGCUUCUCCCUUUAAUCUUGCUGAGAAACCAAAGACUGUGCAGCUGCUUUUGGACUUCAUGCUAGAUGUCCUUCUAAUGCCUUAUGGAUAUGUGUUAAAUGAAUCCCAGAGUCGCCAAAAUUCAUCUUCAGCACAGGGUUCUUCUUCAAAUAGUGGGGGAGGUUCUGGAAUACCACAGCCUCCCCCAGGAAUGAGCUUUUAUGCAGCUAAACGAGUUAUUGGUGAUAACCCAUGGACACCUGAACAGUUGGAACAGUGCAAAUUGGGCAUAGUGAAAUUCAUAGAAGCUGAACAGGUUCCUGAACUUGAAGCUAUUCUCCACCUGGUGAUUGCUUCUAGUGACACGCGCCACAGUGUGGCAACGGCCGCAGACCUAGAAUUGAAAAGCAAGCAAAGCUUGAUUGACUGGAACAAUCCUGCCAUCAUUAAUAAGAUGUACAAGGUCUACCUUGGAGAUAUACCACUGAAGACAAAAGAGGGAGCAGUCCUGAAGCCAGAGCUGAAAAGGGACCCAGUCAGUACGAGAGUCAAGUUAAAGAUUGUCCCUCAUCUCCUUCGUUCUAGACAAGCUGCGGAAACGUUCCCAGCUAACAUUCAGGUGGUGUAUGAUGGACUUUUUGGUACAAAUACAAAUUCAAAAUUAAGAACAUUAUCCCUGCAAUUUGUGCAUCACAUUUGUAUAACUUGUCCAGAAAUCAAGAUUAAGCCAUUAGGUCCAAUGCUUUUGAAUGGCCUCACCAAGCUCAUCAAUGAAUAUAAAGAAGACCCUAAGCUACUGUCAAUGGCAUAUUCAGCUGUUGGAAAACUCUCCAGCCGAAUGCCCCAUUUAUUCACUAAGGAUAUAGCUCUUGUGCAGCAGCUUUUUGAAGCCCUAUGUAAGGAAGAGCCCGAGACUCGACUUGCUAUUCAAGAAGCGUUAUCUAUGAUGGUUGGAGCUUACAGUACUUUGGAAGGAGCACAGAGAACCCUCAUGGAGGCACUUGUGGCUUCAUACCUAAUAAAGCCUGAAGUUCAAGUUCGACAAGUGGCUGUGAAAUUUGCCAGCACAGUGUUUCCCUCAGAUCAUAUACCUUCCAGAUAUUUGCUCUUACUAGCUGCAGGAGAUCCACGAGAAGAAGUUCAUGGAGAAGCACAACGAGUAUUAAGGUGUCUUCCUGGUAAAAACAAAAAAGAAAGUGCUUCUAAGCAGAUGCCUUCUUUCCCGGAAAUGGUAUAUUAUAUCCAAGAAAAGGUAUGGCAUUUAACUUCAGAUGAUUACUUUUUUUGUUUUUUUUUGUUUUGUUUUUUGUUUUUAGCUAUAGUUCUGUACUUACGAAUGUGCCUAGCUCACAGUGCAGGAGUGGUGCCCACUUCUCAGAGUUUGGCUGAUAUGCAAGAUCACGCCCCAGCCAUUGGACGCUACAUACGAACUUUAAUGUCAGGCAACCAGGCGACUUCCUCUUCUUCCAAGAGUGGAGAAACCAACCCUGUUCAGAUCUACAUUGGCCUGCUGCAGCAGCUGCUCGCCGGCGUUGGAGGUUUGCCAGUCAUGUACUGUCUCUUGGAAGCUGUCUCAGUGUAUCCGGAAAAGUUGGCUACCAAAUUUGUAGACAAAACAGAAUGGAUAAAGAGUCUGAUGAAUAGCAGUAAAGAAGAGAUGCGUGAGCUGGCAGCAUUGUUUUAUUCUGUGGUGGUCUCUACAGUGUCAGGAAAUGAGUUGAAGUCAAUGAUAGAACAGCUUGUAAAGACUACGAAAGAUAAUCAUAGCCCAGAGAUACAGCAUGGAUCCUUGCUUGCAUUGGGAUUCACAGUAGGAAGAUAUUUGGCUAAAAAGAAAAUGAGAAUGGCAGAACAACAAGGCCUGGAGACAAAUGCUGAUUUCCUGCCUGAACAAGAGGAACUCAUCCAGAGUGCCACAGAAACAAUAGGAUCGUUUCUGGAUAGCACAUCGCCACUCCUGGCAAUCGCUGCCUGUACAGCCCUGGGUGAAAUUGGCAGAAAUGGCCCACUCCCAAUCCCCAGUGAGGGGUCUGGCUUCACCAAAUUACAUCUUGUGGAAAGCUUACUAAACAGAAUACCCUCUAGUAAAGAAACAAAUAAGAUGAAAGAACGAGCAAUCCAAACACUGGGAUAUUUCCCAGUCGGGGAUGGAGAUUUUCCUCACCAGAAACUCCUCCUGCAAGGCCUGAUGGACUCUGUGGAGGCCAAGCAGAUAGAACUUCAAUUUACUAUUGGUGAAGCCAUUACCAGUGCUGCGAUAGGAACUAGUUCCGUGGCUGCCCGAGACGCCUGGCUAGUGACUGAAGAAGAAUAUACUCCUCCUCCUGGAGCUAAAGUGAAUGAUGUGGUUCCCUGGGUGUUGGAUGUGAUUUUAAAUAAACAUAUCAUUAGCCCCAACCCACACGUGAGGCAAGCAGCGUGCAUCUGGCUCCUCUCUCUUGUGAGGAAACUGAGUACCCAUAAAGAAGUGAGGUCUCAUCUUAAAGAAAUUCAGAGUGCAUUUGUGUCCGUUUUGUCAGAAAAUGAUGAACUUAGCCAAGAUGUCGCUUCAAAAGGCCUCGGGUUGGUGUAUGAACUGGGCAAUGAACAAGAUCAACAGGAAUUAGUUUCUACGCUUGUGGAAACACUUAUGACUGGCAAAAGAGUUAAACAUGAAGUUUCUGGAGAGACAGUGGUGUUUCAAGGGGGAGGCCUUGGCAAAACACCCGAUGGCCAGGGCCUCUCUACUUACAAGGAGCUUUGUUCUCUGGCAAGUGAUCUUAGUCAACCAGAUCUGGUGUAUAAAUUUAUGAACUUAGCCAAUCAUCAUGCGAUGUGGAACUCUAGGAAGGGUGCUGCUUUUGGUUUUAAUGUAAUUGCUACUAGAGCUGGAGAACAGCUGGCUCCUUUUCUGCCUCAACUGGUUCCUCGUCUCUAUCGUUAUCAGUUUGAUCCCAACCUUGGUAUUCGGCAGGCCAUGACAAGUAUUUGGAAUGCACUGGUCACUGACAAAUCAACGGUGGAUAAGUAUUUGAAGGAAAUUCUUCAAGAUUUGGUUAAGAACCUUACCAGCAAUAUGUGGCGAGUUCGAGAAUCUAGCUGCUUGGCUCUGAAUGAUUUAUUGAGAGGAAGACCCUUAGAUGACAUCAUUGAUAAACUUCCAGAAAUUUGGGAAACUCUUUUUAGAGUACAAGAUGAUAUAAAGGAAUCUGUACGAAAAGCAGCAGAACUAGCUCUGAAAACUCUGAGCAAGGUUUGUGUGAAAAUGUGUGACCCAGCCAAAGGAGCAGCUGGCCAGAGAACCAUCGCUGUCCUUCUGCCUUGCCUUCUGGACAAAGGAAUGAUGAGUCCUGUGACGGAAGUUCGAGCCCUCAGCAUUAACACCCUUGUGAAGAUCAGCAAAAGUGCGGGAGCCAUGUUGAAACCACAUGCACCAAAACUCAUCCCAGCUCUGCUGGAGUCCUUAAGUGUAUUGGAACCCCAAGUUCUCAAUUAUUUGAGCCUCCGGGCUACAGACCAAGAAAAGGCUGCGAUGGAUAGCGCUCGACUCAGUGCUGCCAAAUCCUCUCCCAUGAUGGAAACAAUCAACAUGUGCCUGCAAUAUCUUGAUGUGUCGGUGCUGGGCGAACUAGUUCCAAGAUUAUGUGAAUUGAUCAGAAGUGGUGUAGGUCUUGGAACUAAGGGAGGCUGUGCCAGUGUCAUUGUGUCAUUAACUACUCAGUGUCCCCAGGACCUAACACCAUACUCAGGUAAACUUAUGAGCGCUUUGCUUAGUGGCCUGACAGAUCGGAACAGCGUAAUUCAGAAAUCCUGCGCAUUUGCCAUGGGCCAUUUAGUUCGGACCUCACGGGAUAGCAGCACUGAGAAACUCUUGCAGAAGCUCAAUGGCUGGUAUAUGGAGAAAGAAGAACCCAUCUACAAGACGUCUUGUGCUUUGACCGUUCAUGCUAUUGGACGAUACAGCCCCGACGUGUUGAAGAACCAUGCCAAAGAAGUUUUGCCUUUGGCAUUUCUAGGCAUGCAUGAAAUUGCUGAUGAGGAGAAAUCCGAAAAAGAGGAAUGUAACUUAUGGACUGAAGUGUGGCAGGAGAAUGUACCUGGUUCCUUUGGUGGCAUUCGGUUAUACAUGCAAGAGUUGAUUACCAUUACCCAGAAGGCUUUACAGUCUCAGUCCUGGAGAAUGAAAGCCCAGGGUGCGAUUGCCAUGGCAUCAAUUGCAAAGCAAACCAGCUCCCUAGUACCUCCGCAUCUGGGAAUGAUCCUGACCGCGUUACUGCAAGGCCUGGCUGGAAGAACAUGGGCAGGAAAGGAAGAACUGUUGAAAGCCAUCGCCUGUGUGGUGACAGCUUGCAGUGCAGAGCUGGAAAAGCCCGUGCCCAAUCAGCCCAGCACAAACGAGAUUCUCCAGGCUGUUCUGAAGGAGUGUGGCAAAGAGAACCUCAAAUACAAAAUUGUAGCAAUCAGCUGUGCAGCAGAUGUCUUGAAGGCCACCAAAGAGGACAGAUUCCAGGAGUUUUCUGACAUUGUCAUACCUCUCAUCAAGAAGAACUCACCUGAAAGCAUUGGAGUCCGGACAACCAAGAAUGAAGAUGAGAAUGAGAAGGAAAAGGAGCUCCAGCUGGAAUCCCUGCUAAGAGCCUUUGAGAGCCUGGGCAAAGCCUGGCCCCGGAAUGCGGAGACGCAGCGUUGUUAUCGUCAGGAGCUAUGCAAAUUGAUGUGUGAACGGCUAAAGCUCAGCACCUGGAAAGUGCAGCUGGGAGUCCUACAGUCAAUGAAUGCCUUUUUUCAGGGAUUAAUGCUUUUGGAAGAAGAACAUGCAGAUCCUGAGGCUUUGGCUGAAAUUCUCCUUGAAACUUGUAAAUCAAUCACGUACUCUUUAGAAAACAAGACCUAUUCAUCUGUGAGAACAGAAGCUUUAUCUGUGAUAGAAUUACUGCUUAAAAAACUUGAAGAAUCUAAACAGUGGGAAAGUUUGACAUCUGAAUGCAGAACACUCCUGAUUGAAUCGUUAGCAACUAUGGAGACAGACAGCAGACCCGAGCUGCAGGAAAAAGCAUCCUUACUGAAGAAAACACUUGAAAAUCUGGAAUAAAUUAGAACGGGAAGAGACAAAUAAGUGCCAUGUUCUUUGGGGUUGAAAUGAUGGUAUUCUUUGAAAAACAAAGUGGGGAAAAGUAAAGAUUAAUCUGUAGCAUGCAUCAUUCCUUGGCUGAAAUAAUAAUAAAAAAAAUGCCUUAAAUUUUGUUCCUUA